AGUAGGAAUAUGCAUCGCGACUUCCUGUUUGAAGUUGUACGUUACAAUAAAGAGACAGUGUGGUUAUAUUUUAUAAAGUUUUUUUUUUAUGAAGUGUAUAAUGGCGGAUAUCACAGCACAGAAGGUACAAGAAUACAAGGAUUCCCUUAAAACUAAAGCUGAACAACUAUUGUUGAAAGGAUUCCCAGAGAAAAUCGUCCAGUUAAACGAGUUAUUGGAGUCAUGUAGAUUCUGUAAUAGAAAACUGUCGGAUGUUCAUCAAGAGCUAAAUGUGCCCAUUCCAGAUCCAAUAAUUCUUAAUCAUUCCGAUGAAACACCCAUUAUAAAGAAACAGAAAGUAGACAAUAGCGUAGACAAUACUAGUGGAACCAAAGUAAUGGUACUACCCAAUGGACCAGUACCUUGUAACAAGACUCUAUGUGAAUUUAUUCGCAUAGUUAAACCAUAUAUUCGUGAGCUGAUGGAGGAUUCUAACUUGUUAAAAAUGUGGAUCUCAUUUUUAAUUCCAAAAAUCGAAGAUGGAAAUAAUUUCGGCGUAUCGGUUCAAGAAGAUACGCUUGCCGAAAUACAAACAGUCGAAAGCGAGGCUGGUGCAUUUUUUGAUCAAAUAUCUAGGUAUUUUAUCUGUAGAGGAAAGAUCGUUAGUAAAGUUGCGAAGUAUCCACACAUCAGUGAUUAUAGAAGAGCGGUCGAAGAAUUAGACGAAAAAGAGUAUGUGAGUUUAUGGUUGGUUAUGUGCGAAGUCCGUAACCGCUAUUGUUCUCUACACGAUUUGGUAAUCAAGAAUUUGGAGAAAAUCAAAAGACCACGCUCUUCCAACGCGCAAUCUUUGUAUUAAAUGCUAUAUAUACUACUUAUACUUGGUAAUGUACAGGACGAUAACGAAAGGAAAACCUAAAAAAAAAAAACAUGCGCAUCAAGAAGAGCGUUAUUCUCGACGUUUUCGAUGGAAACCGAGAAUUACCUUUUUUUCAUUUUUGAUCCGAUAAUCUUGGCGAUGACUCGUUCGCUUGGGUGGUAUUCAAAGCGGCGCUAAAAAAUUAAAUUAAUAUUUAUACUCGACUUUUUCAAAAACAAUAUUAGACACACUGGAAAAAAUACAUUUGAUUUAUUCGUUUGCGGAAGACAAUAAAAACAUAUAGUUUUCCUUUUGUAUCAAAAACUUGAGUCUAUUCUGAAUUGUAUCGAUUUAAUUCUUACGUCGUUUCAGAAUCUUCAAACGGAACUCGUACACUUAUAAUUAAAGUUUGUCAAAAGCAUGUCUCUGCUCAUUUUUUUCUUGAACUAAUUCUCAUUAUUCUUACUUUCGAAAAUUCAAUUGUUCGAUUACACGAACUGUACGUGUGACGUACUUACAGAAAACUUUAAUAGAUGUAAAAGUGUUGGGAUAUCAUCCUUUCAUCUAAUUGAAUUUAGAAUAUAGCUAAGCAUGUAAUCUGUAAUUUUAAUAUACUGCUGUAAUGAUCGUUAGAACAUAAAUCAAGAUACAACAAACAGUU